CUGUCCACCUUCCUCUCAUUUCCACAUCCCUCUUUUAGUCCUUUCUUCUCCUUCACAAUCCACACACCGCUAUAAUGGCUGCUGUCAACGGAACUGCAAAGGAAACUUUCCUUUUCACAUCUGAGUCUGUCGGUCGAGGCCACCCCGAUAAGAUUGCCGACCAAGUCUCGGACGCCGUUCUCGAUGCCUGUCUUAAGGAGGACCCCCUGUCCAAGGUCGCCUGCGAGACUGCUACGAAAACCGGUAUGAUCAUGGUCUUUGGUGAAAUCACCACCAAGGCACGCCUCGACUACCAGAAGAUCAUUCGUGCCGCCAUCAAGGACAUUGGCUACGACAGCUCUGACAAGGGUUUCGACUACAAGACUUGCAACGUUCUCGUCGCUAUCGAGGAGCAGUCGCCGGAUAUUGCACAAGGCUUGCACUACGAGGAGGCCCUAGAGAAGCUAGGUGCCGGUGACCAAGGUAUCAUGUUUGGUUACGCUACCGACGAAACCCCUGAGCUCCUACCGUUGACUAUCCAGCUCGCGCACGGUCUCAAUGCAGCCAUGACCGAAGCCCGCGAAAACGGUUCCCUUCCAUGGCUAAGACCUGACACCAAGACUCAAGUUACUGUCGAGUAUGAGAAGGACAACGGUGGAGUCAUUCCAAAGCGCGUCGACACCGUCGUUGUGUCUGCUCAGCACAGCGAAGACAUUAGCACCGAGCAGCUCCGCAAGGAGAUCAAGGAGAAGAUUAUCAAGAAGGUCAUUCCCGCCAAGUACCUUGAUGACAACACCGUAUACCACAUCCAGCCCUCAGGCUUGUUCAUCAUUGGUGGUCCUCAGGGUGAUGCUGGUCUGACUGGCCGCAAGAUCAUCGUUGACACCUACGGUGGAUGGGGAGCCCACGGUGGUGGCGCCUUCUCCGGAAAGGAUUACUCCAAGGUCGACCGUUCCGCUGCGUAUCUAGCUCGUUGGAUCGCCAAGUCGCUGGUUAACGCGAAGCUCGCUCGCCGUGCUCUCGUCCAGCUUUCUUACGCCAUUGGUGUUGCGGAGCCUCUAUCCAUCUUCGUUGACUCUUACGGUACUUCUGACAAGAGCUCCGCAGAGCUUGUCGAAAUCAUCCACAAGAACUUUGACCUUCGCCCUGGUGUCAUUGUCAAGGACCUUAACCUCAUCAACCCCAUCUACAACCAGACCGCACAAAAUGGACACUUCACCAACCAGUCUUUUACCUGGGAACAACCAAGAACUCUCAAGUUCUAGGUUGUUGCGUGUAGUAGCAUGAGUGGGUGAAUCAACUUCAACCCACACGGAGUUAUAUCGUCCCGUUAGACGACUGCAUUAUCUGAUUGGCAUUGCAUGGCGAAGCAAAUCUUCUUUCAACAACAAGGCGUCACGCGGGGAUAUACCACAAAUUUCAAAAAGUUUCGUUGUUUUCAUACAUGGGCACUUGAGAAAGGAUGUGCUUUUCAACAAUUAUCUACGCCAUUUCAACAUAGAUCGGCAAUGGCCGUAGAGAAGGCGCACACUGUACAAGUGCGGCAACAUGAACGUUGUACCUGAACACCGAACAACGUAGAGUAUACUAAGACUUUGGAAACUUACUGCUAUCAAUUUACUGUAUUUAAUUUGAUCGAGCUCCAACCAAUUCCUAGAGCUGCUUUGACUACAC